UAGGUAAACCCUAGUUUUUUCUUUCGUUUUUUAAAGGAAUACCAUGUGAAACCCUGCAAACUCUUAAUAUUUAAAUCCAUUAAAAUCUGUAUUUACCAUUAAAACAUUAUAACUACGAAAUUUGGUUCCUUACCUAUAAAAAACUCUAUAUAUAACAACAACAACAACUGAAACAUAAACUCCACAGAAAAGCAUCAAUAUCUUUCUCUCGUUUCAUAAAAAACAGAGUAUCUCUGUAGAUCUAUAUAACUCUUGCUUUCAGAGAUGGCUAUUAGAUUGUCGCGUGUUAUCAACUCUAAACAGUCCCAAAAACAGCAAAAUCGAGUCCCAAAAGGACAUGUUGCGGUUUACGUCGGAGAAGAGAUGGACAACAAGAAGAGGUUCGUGGUUCCUAUCUCGUAUUUGAACCAUCCUUCGUUUCAAGGUUUGCUUAGUCGAGCGGAGGAAGAGUUUGGUUUCAAUCAUCCAAUAGGUGGAUUAACGAUUCCUUGCAGAGAAGAAACUUUUGUUGGUCUUUUGAAUUCUCAUGGUUGUAUUGUUUCAACUUGAAACAUCUUUCUUUUUUGGGAUCGAUAGCCCAAAUUCUUUUUAUAGAAAUUUUCCUUUUUUGGUUGUUCCCUUUGUUUAUUUCUACAAAGGAGAACAGAUUGAAUCAGCAUGUAAAUACGUUAAUGUGUAACCAGUCAAGUCAGGUUAUAUAUACUCUUAUGUACUUCCAGAAAACAUUGAUGAGAAAAACUUUCUU